CUGAGCAGCAGUUGAUCAGACGGACCGCUGCACCGCCGUCCUCCUCCACCCUGCCGGUGAGAGCCAGACACCGGCACCGGUGAAGAGGCUCCAUGUCUCCGUCGUCCUCCAUCAGGUAUCUGAGCAGGAGGGCUGCGCUGCCGCCCGCCAGAGCCAUGAAUACGGAUUAUACUACUAAUCUAUCGGUGCAGCAGGUGCUCAGCCUUUGGGUCCACGGCACGGUACCGACCCUCCAACACUUCACAGAGAUGUGGUACUGGGUGUUCCUGUGGUGUCUCUUCUCGUCUCUGUUCGUUCACAGCGCUGUUGGUCUGCUCAUGUGUGUGAUGCUACAGCGUCAUAAGCGAGGUCGUCUCAUCACACUGGCGCUCAUCAGUGUGGGCUUCAUGGCCUCUCUCACCGGAGGAGUCAUCACCAGUGCAGCAGUGGCAGGUGUAUAUCGUGUGGCAGGGAGGGACAUGGCUCCAUUGGAAGCUUUGGUGUUCGGAGUGGGCCAGACAACAUUCACUGUCAUCAUCUCAUUCUCACGGAUCUUGGCCACACUCUGAAUGGACAGGCUCAUUGACUGACACACCCAACAGCCAACUUGCCGUCAGAAGAGGCGGGAACAAGAUAAAGUGGGCUAGGAUGAGGUGAGUGUGGUGAAACCACAGAUGUGUGGACCUGCGGUACAAAGAGAUAAGCUGUAGGUGUCACUCAUGACCAAUGGACCUCUUUGAAACCCUGUGGAACUGUUUGGAGAAUCUGACGGUCCAAAUCGUUGAAGCAAAAACAGCAUUAAAGCUAUUCAAAAGCCAGUCACAGAAACUCAAUGAACGUGCCAAUUGCCUCAACGGUGGAAAAUUGAGAAGACACUUUGGAUGCUUGUUCAUUGUCUUCGUUUAACAUUUGUUUUAUUUUUGCACAUGGAUUGCAGCAGCUUUAAGUAAACUGCAUUGGAGUCGCUCGCAUCAGAGCGAUACAGCGGAAACUCUCCUAUAUAUCUAUCAAUCUGUCUGUCUAUCUAUCAGUCUGUCUUCACUCUUUUCUGUCUGCCUCUCUGUAUCUAUCCAUCUAUCUAUCUAUCUAUCUAUCUAUCUAUCUAUCUAUCUAUCUAUCUAUCUAUCUAUCUAUCUAUCUAUCUAUCUAUCUAUCUGUAAACCACCCUUUCAUUCUUGU